CUUGCUGGGAGGGCGGUUGCCUUGGAAACCAUGGCCAUGGCUGCGCUGAGGCGGUUGAGCAGUCGUACCUGUCACCCAGAGGAGCCGGCCGGCUCUGCAAAGUCUUUGGAUACUACCCGGACGCCAGUGCCCACCAUGUCCCCCGUGUCCCCCGAGCUACCCGUCUCGCCGGGACAGGGUGCCAAGCCGCUGGGCAAGAACCUGUGGGAGCAGAUCUGCGAGGAGUAUGAAGAUGAGCUGCCUCAUUUUCCAGAAGGAUAUAAAGCCAAACAAGAAGUUAUGACUACUGUUUCCCCAUUGGAGGAAAUGGUUUUCCAUGGCUUCAAUACAGAGCACCUUUACUCAGCUCCUCAUCUGACCACAGACUCACAUAUACCCUGUCCUGAACUUAAAUUGGAAACAGUCCAUCCAAAAACAUGUUCCCCCAAGGUAUAUUUGGAAACAUUCAUCUUUCCAGUUUUGCUUCCCGGAAUGGCUAGCCUGCUUCAACAAGCAAAGAAAGAAAACUGUUUUGAGAGAAAAAGAACCAAAUUCAUUGCCUGUGAUUUUCUGACCGAGUGGUUAUACAAUCAAAAUCCAAAGAGGAUAGGGGAGCCUUUCACAGAAUUCUUCUCCAUUCCAUUUGUGGAGCAGUGGCUGAAGGAUCACCCCCGGCCGGCCAUCCCGCUCUCGCUCCUGCUGACAGAAGAGGAGGCAGCGCUCCUCAUUCAGUCCUUCUGGAGAGCCUAUCUGGUUCGGUGUGAUCCUGAGAUUCAAGAAUUGCGUCAGUGGCAGAAGAAACUGCGUGAAGACAACCACAUUCACCAGCGAGUCAAGAUUUUCUGGGCCAAACAAGAACAGAAAGAUUGUUCCCAAACCAUUUCUGUGGUAAAUGACGUGGUAGUGAACACCUUUGUCUGCAUACUUCGCUGUGGUAUCUUUGAGUAUGGAAAUCUUCAUCCCCCACGAGAGAGACGUUGUGAGACCAUGACCCUGCCGGGGCUAAGAGCAUGAAUGCAGGAGCCAGACAAGCCCAUGGUGUGACCACGGACAAGCUACAGAACCUGUGAGUGCCCCAGGCUCCUCGUCUGUGAAACUGGGCAGAAUCACAGCACCCUCCUCCCCAGCACGUCAUAUGUGGAAAGGGCUCAGUCUGUGCCACAGAAGUGUUUGCUUUUAUUAUUUACCUGGAAUCCUAGAAGCUGGGUGCUCAUUGGAUAACAAAUUAAACUUUAAGUUUCUUAAGUAUGUUGCUGAUA